UUUUCCAUCACACAUCUCCCAGCUAAACAAACAAACAAACAAACCAGUUCUCUUUCACAAUCAGUCUUUUCUUACAGUGAAGAGGGCUGACUCAAAAUACUGAUACUGGGCAAUGUUUCUAUCUGAAACGGAAGGUAUCUAUCGCAAGACGCACAGCAUCACCACUCAACACUUUUGGGUCUUUCACACAUGUGGAUUUCAGCAACCAACUGAAAUCCGUAAAAAUAAAUCUCCAUUUUGCCGUCAGACAUGUAGCAGCAGGGCUACAAUGAGGGGGCUUUUCCAUGAGAGUCAGUCUGUCAUCUGUCAUUGUUGUGUAAGGGUACGUCUUUGUCUCGGACACUUUUCUCUUUCAUUGGCUACUUUUGAGCAACAUGGUGAUGCUGCUCUGAUCUUCUCCCACUGUAGGAGCCGAGGGGGAGACAACAAGUACUCUCAGCCUCACUCCUACGACCAAAACCAGUACUACCAGCAAUACCCCGAUUAUUAUUCAAAUUGGGGUUAUGAUCAGAGCAUAGGAAGUUAUGAUGGGUACGACUACAGUCAGUAUGAUUGCAGUAAUCAGAGCUAUGGGGACGUUUUUCAAGAUGACCCUCUUGAAGACCCUGCAGAGGAGCUAGAUGUAGCUGAGGCCAAUAGGCUGUUUAUUGAGGAGAGUGAGGAGCUGUAUGACGCCCUUAUAGACUGCCACUGGCCCACGCUGGAUUCCCCAGAUCCCACCACCGCCCAGUAGAGUACCAGGAAUCAACUCCGGGCAUUUGACUGAAACCUUUGUCACAGUUCAUUCUGACUGAUUCAUCCUUCAGAAGUUGGAACAGAGGGAUGUACGCACCCAUGCCAUGCCAGACAGGCAGGCAGGUGUUCUAUCUUACCUCUUGACUCGAGUGGGCAGUGCGUCCUCCUGGCUGUUUUUUUUGGACACAAGCUGAAAAUGGAAUGGCCAGUGUCCUUCCACAUUAGUUGACCUAAACACCUUUUUUUUUUUUUUUUUUUAAAGAAAGAAAUGUCCUUUUGUUGUGAAAUAUUGUUGAAUAACAGCUUUGUUUGAUGAAAGACAAAUUACUGAUAAGAGAGGGCAUUUAGAGUGUCCUCAACUUCCUGUGUGUAAUGCUCAGUAGCCUAUUGGAAUAGAGGAUUUUUCUCACUGCUGGUUUUCAAUGGUGAGGACUUACUCAACUCAAUGUCUGAUUCCUUGACAUUGCUCGUGCUCUGAACUUCUUGACAGUUUGAAAGACAUUCUUAUUUCUGUUUUUAAUAGAUGGUGUACGGCAGCAGGGUUCCGAAUGAAACAAGUCUCAUUUUGUCCACAUGACCCCUAAGCGGUCAUGGCAACAGUACAGCUGUGUGCUUUAUCAUGGCUCAGUUUCGAAUGAGUCAGACUAUAAGCCUUCAGAUAUUUGACAUGCCAAGGGGAAUUUAUGAAGACUUAGGUCUAGAAUCUUAAAAUGGAAUUUCAAUGACCUAAUUCUCUUCUCCUUCAGAAGAGGAAGAUAGAAACACUGUGGAUAAUCAUUUGCAAAUUCACACAUAUUUAAUUUCAGGUUAUUGGGCUUCAACCCUGACUCAUCCAACUUUACUAGUCUUUACUAGCUAAACUUCCCCAGACUAGGCAAUCUAUUUGUACAAGAGCAGUGUGUUGAACUGAACUAAUUUUGAAUUGAACUGUUUUCACAGAAACAAAAGAAUACAUUUUUGGAAAUGUA